AAAACAAAUUUCAAACCAAAACAUUUCCCACUUCACCGUGCAUGACCCUAAAUAUCAAUUCAUCAUAAUCGCCUUCAACCUUAUAUAGUACUAUCAAUCAUGACCCCAAAGGCCCGAAAAAUUACGCCUCAAUCUCAAACAUGUUGGGAUUGCGCAUGCCCAUACCAAACAGGUUGGACAUGCGCAUGCCGAACAAGCCCAUUAAUAUUUCCUCCAAUGGGUUUCACAGAGAAUGGUUCAGCAACGUUUCUAUCUACUGGAAACCCAUGUUUAGAUUUAUUUUUCCAUGUUGUCCCUGACACCCCACCUAAAGAAUUAUUGGAAAGAUUACAACUUUCUUGGAGACAUGAUGCUUUGACAACCCUUAAGCUUAUUUGUAAUUUAAGGGGAGUUAGAGGAUCUGGUAAAUCAGAGAAAGAAGGGUUUUAUACGGCUUCUUUAUGGCUUCACGAUCACCAUCCUAAAACCCUAGCAUGCAAUAUUAAUGCCAUUGCCGAUUUCGGGUAUUUUAAGGAUGUGUUGGAAAUUUUGUACAGAUUGCUUGAGGGUCCUGAAGUUAGAAAGAAUGAAAAAAAAGAGUGGAUGAAAAAGAAAAGAGAGGGAUUUUUGGAGGGUUUAAAGGAGAAAAAAGGUAGUAGUAGUAUUCCUAAGGAGAAGGCCAAAAGAAUUCAGAGGGAAAAGACACUGGCUAAGGCAAACAAAUUAUUGGACAGAUUCACACAAGAUACUGAUUUUCAAUUCCUGUAUGAUAAAGUGUCUGGUUUCUUUGCUGAUGCUUUGUGGGAAGACAUGGACUUGUACAAUGAAGGGAAGUUUUAUGAGCUUAGCCUUGCGGCUAAGUGGUGUCCAUCUCUUGAUUCUUCUUAUGAUAAGUCAUUGCUAAUGUGUGAAAGUGUUGGAAGAAAGUUAUUUCCUCGUAAUGAUGAUGACUACAUCGAUCUUGAAGACGAUGCUCAUUAUGCUUAUCGCGUGAGGAAUAGAUUGAGAAAAGACGUGCUCGUGCCACUCCACAAGGCGUUGGAGAUUCCAGAGGUUUAUAUUUGUGCAAAUAAGUGGGAAGAGCUUCCUUAUAAACGCGUCCCUUCUGUGGCCAUGAAAAUGUACAAGAAAUUGUUCUACAAGCACGAUAAAAAACGAUUCGAGCAGUAUCUUGAUGAUGUCAAGAGUGGGAAAACAACAAUCGCGGCUGGUGCUCUGCUUCCACAUGAGAUAAUUGCAUCAUUGGAUGAUUCCACAGGGCCGGGAGUUGCAGAGCUUCAAUGGGAAAGGAUGGUUAAUGACUUUGCAAAAAAGAGGAAAUUAACAAAUUGUAUGGCAGUUUGUGAUGUAUCAGGAAGCAUGAUAGGGACUCCAAUGGAGGUUUCUGUGGCUUUGGGGCUGCUUAUUUCUGAACUUAGUGAAGAACCUUGGAAAGGCAAGCUAAUUACAUUUAGUGAGAAUCCAGAAUUUCACGUUGUAAAGGGGGAAAAUUUGUCUCAAAAGACAGGUUUUAUUAGGAGAAUGGAAUGGGGUCUCAAUACAGAUUUUCAACAAGUGUUUGAUAAAAUUCUUGAAGUUGCUGUGAAGGGGAAAUUGAGCGAAGGGCAGAUGAUAAAGAGAUUGUUUGUUUUUAGUGACAUGGAAUUUGAUCAGGCUUCAAGAAGACCAUGGGAAACUGAUUAUCAAGUGAUAUCGAGAAAGUUUAAGGAAAAAGGUUAUUACAGGGUGCCUGAAAUUGUGUUUUGGAAUUUGAGGGAUUCAAAGGCAACACCAGUUCCUAGUAAUCAACAAGGAGUGGCACUUGUGAGUGGAUUUUCAAAGAAUCUUGUGACUUUGUUCUUGGAGGAAGGUGGGAUUAUGACCCCAGAAGCUGUGAUGAUGCAAGCUAUUUCUGGUGAUGAGUAUCAAAAGCUUGUAGUGUUUGAUUGAGUUGUAAAAAAAUGAUUGCUGAAUUUGUAAUAAGAUGUGCUCUUUAAUUUCUAUCUACUAAUGAGAAAUUGAGGAUCUUAUAUAUAUACUAGCUUCGCACUUAACGAGAAAACAUUGAUAUGCAGUAUACUUAGCUUUAUUCUUGAACAAUACAACUAGAUAACUGUUUAAAUGACUUGAAUCAGUCCUUUGGAUGCAUUAAACAAGUACGAGAAGAGCAUAAAUAGAUGGAAACAUGGAGUACUAGAGAAAACAUACAAAUGAUCGGUCUAUUUGUGUUUAAUUUAUAGUUGUCUCGUUUCCUGAGUUUAUCCUUUUGAAACACACUUAUUGUACUAAGGAGCUAAUCCAAUAUCACUACUCGAUUCAUAAGCAUAGUUAUCA